AUGCAGACCAGGCCCCUUUCGAUAAACGCCAUCUGGCAUCUCGUUCUUCCGCUGCUGGCUACCUCGGCCACAGCAGCUCCAUACCAAACCCGCAUCCUCGCCACGGGGACUACCUUUAAUGCUCCAGACCCCUACGGCCCCUGGUCCUUGACUCCCUCUGCCAACAAACCCGGUCCAGAUCUGGCCUACAUCAAAACCAGCAACACCGGCACCGGCAAGGUGGAAGUCCACCUCGCCUCCAGGGCCUCCAACUACCAGACCCGCACGCUGGAGGUGGGCACGACUUUCUUUCCCGAAGACAAUGGCGUCUGGCAGCUGAUUGAUGCCGACGGUGAUGGCCGUGAUGACCUCGUGUACAUCAAGACCCGCAACACAGGCACCGGCCGAGUGGAGGUGCACAUUGCCACGGCGGCGUCCAACUUCCAGACCCGCAUCAAGGACGUCGGCACGACUUUCUUGCCCGAAGACAACGGGACCUGGCAGAUGGCCGACUUUGACGGCGAUGGCAUCCUCGACCUGAUCUACAUCAAGACUCGCAAUACCGGAACCGGACGGGUAGAGGUGCAUGUCGCCUCUGGCGCAUCGAACUACCAGACUCGCAUCCAGGAAGUCGGCACGACCUUCUACCCCGAGGACAACGGAGUGUGGCAGAUGAUUGAUUUCAACAGAGAUGGGAAGCUGGACCUGGUGUAUAUCAAGACCCGGAACACGGGGACCGGCCGUGUGGAGGUCCAUGUUGCGUCCGGGGCGUCAACAUACAAGACCCGUGUCCAGGAGGUCGGCACCACGUUCUAUCCCGAGGACAAUGGGUUCUGGCAGCUGAUUGAUUUCAACAAGGAUGGGGUGCUGGAUUUGGCGUAUGUCAAGACGCAGAAUACGGGGACCGGUCGGAUUGAGGUUCACGUUGCAAAUGGCAGAAACUGA